CGCUGCUGCGGCUCCUGUUGCUGCUCCUGCUCCUGCUGCUGCUGCUGGCGUCGCUCCAGUCCGGAGCCCCCUCGGGCCCUGCGAGAGCAGCAGGUCAGUGUUUCCAGUUUCUUUGGUACCUUUUGUGAGUGGAGGAAAUGAUUUUACCAGAACUUGCUCGAAGUUGGUCACAUACACAGCGUCUUCAUAUCACAGGGACUCGCGAAGUAGAAAAAACUGUGACCGAUCUCUAAGGGCUUUUUGGGGGGAACCUGCCUUUAUUUAGGAGAAGAUAAAAAUGACAACUUCAUCGAUUAGGCGGCAGAUGAAAAACAUUGUGAACAAUUAUUCAGAGGCCGAAAUAAAAGUCCGGGAGGCAACCUCAAAUGACCCCUGGGGUCCAUCCAGCUCCUUAAUGACUGAAAUAGCAGAUCUGACUUACAAUGUAGUGGCCUUCUCUGAAAUCAUGAGCAUGAUCUGGAAGCGUCUGAAUGACCACGGCAAGAACUGGAGACACGUUUACAAGGCUUUAACUCUGUUGGAUUACCUGAUGAAAACUGGGUCGGAGAGGGUAGCGCAGCAAUGCAAAGAGAACAUCUUUGCGAUCCAGACUCUGAAGGAUUUUCAGUACAUUGACCGGGAUGGUAAGGACCAGGGCAUCAACGUGCGGGAGAAGUCCAAGCAGAUGGUGUCCCUCCUGAAAGAUGACGAACGGCUCAAGGCAGAGAGGGCCCAGGCCUUGAAGACCAAAGAGCGCAUGGCACAGGUGGUUACUGGAGUCGGUAGUAAUCAGAUCACCUUCGGCAGAGGUUCCAGCCAGCCUAACCUGUCCACCAGCUACUCUGAGCAAGAGUACGGCAAGUCCGGGGGCUCUCCAGCAUCUUACCACGGGUCUACAUCACCUCGAGUGUCUUCAGAGUUGGAGCAGGCGCGACCUCAGACGAGCGGGGAGGAAGAGCUGCAACUGCAAUUAGCCCUGGCAAUGAGCAGAGAAGUUGCAGAACAGGAGGAACGCCUUCGUCGUGGCGAUGAUUUGAGAUUGCAGAUGGCUUUGGAGGAAAGCCGCAGAGAUACUGUCAAAAUUCCCAAAAAGAAGGAGCGCACCACUCUGUUGGAUCUCAUGGAUGCCCUGCCCUCCUCAGCGCCGGCUCCUUCGAAAGGAGAGCCGUGGGGACCACCAGCUGCAGCAAAAAAACCAGACCCUUGGGGGGGACCUGCAGUCAGUAAUACCUCUUCGGAUCCGUGGCAAUCAUAUGGUGCCAAACCAGCAGCCCCUGUUGAUCCGUGGGGAGCGCCGGCAGCAUCCUCUGGUGCCCAGCCCCUCCCAAAGAACGUGGACCCCUGGGCUCCCUCUCAGCCGCCCUGUGUGGCAACAAAUGCUGCCGCUGACCCUUGGGGACCAGCGCCAGCAAGCAAGCCUAUUUCUGCUUCUGGUAGUAAGUCUUUUGACCUCUUCAGCAAUUUGAAUGGGACAAUUAAAGAUGACUUUUCUGAAUUUGACAGCCUUCGAACAUCUAAAGCUGAUUCGGGUUCCACUUUGUCAGCCCAGAACAGUGGUACGACCAGCCCCGACCUCUUUGAAUCUCAGCCUGCAAACUCGACCUCGAGUAAACAGAGCGCAGCUCGGAAAACUCCCGAGUCUUUCUUGGGCCCCAAUGCUGCUCUGGUGAACCUGGAUUCGUUGGUAUCUAAGCCACCUCAACCAGCGCCUUCUCUGAAUCCUUUCUUGGCUCAAGGAUCUGCUGCUGCUGCUGCCGCUGCUCCGGUCAACCCCUUCCAGGUGAAUCAGCCUCAGCCCCUCACUCUCAAUCAGAUGCGGUCGAGUCCCGUCAUGGGAAGCAGCCCGUCCUUCAACACUGUGCCAGCUGUGGUCGUGGAGCCAGUACCUCUGCCUUCCGUGGCGCCGGCGGCCCUGGCCAUGGCACCCGUGCCAGCCAAGGGCACUGUGGCGUCUCUUACCAGAAUGGGCAACGUGGGCCUUGUGGGGUCAAUGGUGCAGCCGCUCCACAGCACUGCAGUUGCCCCCUCGGCCUGCCAGCCUGCAAACACGACUAACCCUUUCCUCCUAUAAAGGCCCGUUGUGUGGAAGCGAACACGGCGAAAGGUUUGCCGGACUGAGCGAAGUGUCUGAGGCUGGCUUGGGCUGAACCGUGUGCACGAGGGACUUGCAGAGCUAGCUGUGCGGUUUACAGUUGCGCCCUUUGAAGAAUUCUCUCGCUACUCCCCAUUUUAAUCUAAACCUAGCCUUUGUGGCGGGUGGUACUUCUCACUUUUGACUUGUGGGAGCAUUGCAUAAAAUGAUCAGACUUGCUCACCAAAGUUAGGUUUCUUCUCGCUCUUCCCUUCCCCCAUUUUUUGUUUGUUAAUCAUUUCAAUAAUUAUGGGAAGGACCUGCCAUUUUAAAUAGCCCUCUUUGCUCUAUUUUGUAGACGGUAAACUGGACCCAAAAGCGGCUGCAACUCAACAUCUGUCAGAAUUCCAUGCCCGUAAGAAAAUAGGUUUGAGACUCGAGAGUGCUAGUGAAUGUGUUUGCACAUAAGCAUACUCAUCUAGACUGUUGGUUCACCCUUAGUCCUUAUAAAUUGGAGGAGGAGGAGGAGGAGGGAGCGUGACUUGGGGUGCUCAGAAGUUAUUCUUCGCUUAUGAAAUUGUAGCCCAAAACUGUACCCUUUUUUCCUGGGUUUGGGUGAGAACGGUUGGCGUCAGGCUUGUCAAAAGGGGAACAGAAGCAAACUCUCCUCCAGCUGUGGAACCCUACAAGUGUGCUGUUCAGUAUGCAGUGUUGAAUUUCUACACUUACAAGGACUUGUCAAGGACUUCUGUCUGAGUGGCUGGCAUGCUACGCUUGUGUUCAGGAGUGUUUUGCUCUGUGCUUGUCCGAUAGUGACUUCAUUUGGAAAUUAUUGUGCGUGUAUUUUGUUUUUAUUUGACUUGCAAUGCAAGUUGAAAAUGAAA